UACAAAGGCGUGUGAGCCGCCAGUCUGUCGACUUGACCCUGAAGCUGGCCCUAGGCCCCUGAAUCCACUCGUCGACCCCCUGGCUGCAGCCGUAAUUCGCGGUAGCACAUUAAAGAGGACCCUCCUGAUUUGGCCACGCCAACCAGAACCAAGAGACGCGCGAGCUGUCGCCCAUCCGACCGCACUUUUCCUUCCCCGGCCCUCUGGCUUGGUCCACCAAACGCUUCAAAGCGCCCACGCCCGACUCACAAGGCCACCAGACGUGCAGACCUCCCCAUCCCCUUUCGCUCCAUCGCCUGCCUGUCUGUCCACCAACCAGCCAGUCCAAAGCGAACACCUACCUAACCUUGCCUGCCUGCCUACCUCCUGCCCACACCGACUGCUUACCUGCCUAACACCACCUACGAUCCGUCCUAUCUACUAUCUCGAGCUGCGUCGUGUCUCCACCCCCUCGCGCGCUUCACACCAUCUCGCCCCUAAGCGCUGCAACUCAACUACGAAAGGUUCAACUCGGUGUCGAAAAGGGGGAGCUCCGAGAGCUUCCAGUCGCAGCCCGCGAAGGGAAAGGAAAAAAAAAAAGGGGUCAGCCAAGCUGAGCCCGCGAUCGCCGACAAACACACAUCCAUCGCCCCUCAAAAACGACAACAAACCCCCUCGUCGAGCAGAAAGAGCCAUCGAGGCACACACUACCUAUUGCGUGCGACGGAGGAACAAAAAAAAAAAACAUUAAAAGCCGUCGCGUGGAGCCGCAUACGCUUCGCUUGUUUGCACGCCAGAGCAGCCGCAACAGGCAGCCAGGCGAGCUGCGUGCGUGGCAGGAAACACCCAACGUCAAGACCGCACCCACUGGCCGGCCCUCGCCCUGGGAGGCAGCCGCAACCAUGAGCAAAGUCGGAAACCUUCGAGCCAUGUUCGAGAACAAGGGGGACACGAGCCCUCCGGAGAGAGGCAGGUCUCCGGGACUGUCCUCAGCAGGUGCCGAGUCCCCUCGCCCACUAUCAAAGAUACGCACAAACUUCGUUGCCAUCGAGAAGGACGGCAGGAUAGGCCUGCAAAGAGACCCCAGUUCAGACUCGGUACUGUCUAUCUCGAGGAAACCUGACGGCGAAGGCGAAGCAUCUACCUCCGUACCCCAAGAAAACACCCCCAGCUUCGCCGAUAGGAUCAAGAGCAUACGCCCGGGUCUUCAAAUGGAGACCAUCCCGCAAUCCCCUCCGCAGGACAUGUCUAGCACAUUCCCCAGUAUCAUCCCUACCAUCCAGUCGGCGCCUCCGUCUCCGAGCAAGGUUAGCCAUACUGAGAACAAGGCUCUGGGAAAGACACCAGCUGCUGAAAGCAAGGAUGCGAAGGAUGCUUCGCGGUCUGGGACGCCAAAGCCGGCCAAGAAGGAUCAAAGUGAGGCUGUGAACGGCAAGACUAUCGAGAGAGACAAGGUCAAGCCCGCUUCCAGGGAUACUUCCAAGGGCGCUGCUUCCAGCAAGCUCGCUGCCCCCAGGCCUGCCGCGAUCAACACAUCUAAAACAACGACAAGAGCGCCAGCCAAGUCGCCUAGCAAUCUCAAGACACCCACCAGCCCGGUCAAGGGCACAAAGUUGCCCGCAAAGACUCCGGAGAGGAAGACUCUUCACGCCGACAAGACGACAACCCCCAAGGCGACUCCCAAGGCAAAAACGACCGUUUCCAAGACCGCUGGAGCCGCCGAAGUGAGUGCUUCGGCUACCAAGAAGCCUCCCGUUCUUCAGGCAUCGCCUGCAGGAAGUAUCGACCGUGGCCUUGGCUUCACGAAGCCAAAAGUCAAGUCUCCGACGAGGCCCGUUCCCCUCCCUGCCGGCCUUGCCACUCACACGACUGCCUCGGCAACAAGACAAUCGCUCUCGCGGCAGUCUGGAGUCCUGCUGGCUGCUCAGCCGGCUCAGGGGCGUUCUCCCAGCCGUACCAGUGUGUCGACGACCGGCGGUAGCAGCUCUGGCAAGACCCUCAGGAGACAAAGCUCCACCAUCAGCCGGCCCCGGCCGAGUCUUGGUCCCCCGCCUAAGCAACAAGCAGUCGACCACCCUGUUACGAAACGAGAGAGGGAGGUUGAUGAGGGAUUUCUUGCACGUAUGAUGCGACCUACGCAAGCAUCUAGCUCCAAGACCCACGAGAAAGUUAUGUCGCCGCCUCGCAAGGCGCCCGGGACAUUGCCUGUGCCAAAACGUGCUGUCGGCAAGGACACCACUGCUGAAAUCAAGAAGGCACCACCCAAGCCCGACUUUGCUGCGCCCAAGAAGUCAAUCCCCAGGCCUACAUCCACCAAGUCGGCUUCGAAGACCGUCGAGAAGAAGACCACCGCAUCCAUCCCUGCCACCGACAAGAAGGCUGCAUCCAAGCCAGAGCCCAAGGCCGUCGUCACGCCAGAAGUCGAGAAGGCCGAUGCCGACAUCGCGAAGCCCGAGACGGCGGAGGAAAAGACUGUCGAGACGGCUGCGCCCGAGCCUGCCGAGGAGACCGCCAAGGAUGUCGUCCCCCGGGAGGAGCCAGUAGAGCAGGACAAGGUCGAGCCCGAGCCCGAGGCCAAGCAGCCUGAGGAGUCGGUGGAUGCGGCUCCUGCUCCGAUCGCGUCUCCGACCGCGGAUGCUUCUCUGGAAGAGACGGCCUCGGAGGCUGAGCCUGCUGAGCCCAACACUCCCGCGGAUACGGCAGAGGCUCCCCAGGACAAUGGCGCAACUGCCCUUGUGACGGACGGAGCGGACACCAAGGUGGUUGAGGAGGAAAAGACGGUGGUCGAGGCGGAGAAGCAGGCGGAUAGUAUCCCUGUCGCGGAGUGAACAUGGUGACGUCCCAUAUUUUCUUCAAACCUAACAUUCUUCCUCUUCUCUUCUUGUCCUUACCACCUCAACCCAUCUACCCAUUUCCUGUAUUCCUCCCCUUUGAUUGUACUGUUUAAAAGCUUUCGUGGUUCUUCGAGUACCCUCACACUGGCGAUACGGCGUCCCUUUUUUACAUAGUGCAGUUUAGUCAUUGUGCAGCGAAAUCUCACCGGAGAGAUCUCGUCUGUGUGAGUUACCAGAUUCAAUAACAACUUGUGAUUUGUCUCUUG